AACUCGAGGCGAGUGCGCUCGCAUCAUCGUCGUGUUCGCUUCGCCGCUGCCGUGACGUGACGUAUCGCGCCGUGCGCCGGCAUCUCCGGUCCCCACUCACACAUAGAUAGAGAAAGAGAAAAAGAGAAAGAGAGAGAACGUCAUUGGCCAGCGGUUCGCGUGUCGUUCAGAAAUUUUGCUACGACAAACACUCGAGAUCACGCCGGGAGUGCACGAAACUAACGCGACGUCGCUAUUCUUUCAUUUUCAGAAUCAAUCCGCCGACGUGGUAGAUGAGAAGAUCUAUCGGAAAAUCGAGUGAGAGGAGAGAUCGCGAGAAUCGAGUUCCGAGAGUUUUUUUUUUCAUAUCGAAAUAUCUUAAACAAAGAAGCAACUUCUAGAGAAUCCUGAGAGAUCCUUGAGAAUCUUUCGUUAAAUAGACGCGUUUAGGACUAUCGCUCGCAAUUGACAAGCAUCAUGAUCGUGUGUAAGGUGCACGCACCUCGGUCAAGAUUGUGAACGGGUGUUAUACUUGGUGCAUCAGAAGAGAAACGUCGAAGAUAGACUUGCGAAAACAAAUAGAUCGCAAUGAGGACGAUAGGGCGUUCUCAGGACGAUAGUUGAGAGAAGACGCACUCUGUUCGAGGGUGCAGCUUCGUCUUCAGUGACGACAGAAGGAGAUUGCUCGAGUUCAGGAGUUGUGCCGCGCCGAAGGGUGCAAAAAAGCGCGAGACAAACACGGCGGGAGUUUUGCAGUGAGUGCCGAAGAAAGUUAAAGGAAACGCUGGCAUUACUGGCAUUGGGGGGGAAAGUGUGAGAAGUGCGAUUUAACGGUCGUUGGGAUAACAACGCAGUAAAAGUGGGUGCACUGGGGCCCUCGGGACCGUUCGGCCGAUACGGGCCCGUUGAAGGUGGGCCUGGUGGUGGUCCCGGGCCCGGCGAGGGAGUGGGGGCAGGGGUGGCCGCAGUCGCGGCUGGGGAGGUGGAGGGCUACGGGGGCGCCGGGGGCGGGGGAGGGGGCCCCGGGGGGGUUAGUACCCCCCGAAUAAGGGUCACGGCCCUCGGCGGGCGUUGCUGCGCACCCCUGCCCGUCACCCAGGCUUGUAAUAUAGGGAGACGCGGUCUGGCGAUGCUCCUGUCAUGUGCAGGAUGCGAGAAACCGAUAAUGGAUCAGUACCUGCUGAACGUUUUGGAUCGUGCAUGGCACGUCGAGUGCGUGCGCUGUUUCGACUGCAGAGCCGCGCUACAGGACAAGUGCUUCUCCAGGGAGGCGAAGCUCUUCUGCAGGAACGACUUCUUCAGGCGAUACGGUACCAAGUGCGGCGGUUGCCUUCAAGGGAUAAACCCGCAGGACCUCGUGAGGAAAGCGAGAGACAAAGUUUUCCACCUGAAUUGCUUCACCUGCCUAGUGUGUCGGAAACAGAUGAGCACCGGCGAGGAGCUCUAUGUCCUGGACGACAACAAGUUUGUCUGCAAGCAGGACUACCUGUCGGGCAAACCGCUGCCGGACACGCAUCACGUGCACGGUCAUCACGAACCGUCCAACCUGUCGGCAGGCGGAGACUCGCUGAUGGGCUCAGGAUCGGAAGACGAGGACGAGGACGGUAGUGCUCAUCAUCAUCAUCACGAGCCGACCGUUCGCGGCGCUCAUCUGGGACCCCAUAACAUUGGCUCAGGUGGUCCCGGCGACCAGACUGUCGGCCAUGGUGGCGAGCUACCUCUCGGGAGCGAUCCCUGCAAGCAGGAGGAUUCCGAGGAUCAAGGUUCCCUGGAUGGCGAUCCCGAGACGAGGGACAGCCAAACGGAGAACAAGAGCCCGGAUGGCGGCGCCGGCGGUGGCAGCGGCGACGGCGGGGCCGGCUCGAAGCGACGUGGCCCGCGGACCACCAUAAAGGCGAAACAAUUGGAGAUCCUGAAGACGGCCUUCUCGUCGACUCCGAAGCCUACCAGACACAUCAGGGAACAGUUGGCGAAGGAGACCGGUCUGCCCAUGAGAGUCAUACAGGUCUGGUUCCAGAACAAGAGAAGUAAGGAGCGCAGGCUGAAGCAGCUGACGUCGAUGGGCAGGAACCCCUUCUUCGGAGGUUCGCGCAAGAUGCGUGGCUUCCCGCUGAACCUAAAUCCGGGUGCUCUCGGUGGCGAGGAUGGCCCGCCGCCAGGUUUUCCGUACUUCGGCCCGGACAAAUUUGAAUUCGGCUAUGGCGGUCCGGUGGCCUUUCAUCACGAGUUCUUCGGUGCUCAUCCGCCCCCGCAUCCGCACGGACCGCAUUUCGCCGGAACGGGAAAUCCAGUACGUAAUCUGUUUCUGACAGGCCUGGACCCGGCCAGUUUAGCGGGCAUGGCAGCGGCAGUGGCGGUGGCAGGGGAGUAUCCACCUCCGGGCGCGGGGGGCGGCCCUCCGGAAUUUCUCACGGGGCCCCCCGGACAGGGGCCCCCUGCACCCACCGGCGGCAGUCCCGGAGAGUUCCUGGCACCUUCAGGUGGUGCGCAGGGUAAUCCGAGCGGCGGCGGGAACGGCAGCGGCGGGCCAGGAGGCGGCGGCGGCGGCGGCGGUGGCGGGGUCGCGGCCGGCGGAUUCCUGGAGCCGCACCAGAUGCAAAGCGAAGGGCUGGCCUGGUAGUACGAGUUUUAAUUAACGUGUCCCUUAUAAUAAUAAUAAUAAUAAUUCCGCCCGCACGCCUAAAAAAGCGAAUGGAAUCGCGAGAUCGCCGCUGAGAGAGCGGGGAGCGCGAGAGGGGGCGACGGCGGCGGCGGCGGCGAAACGCGAUUUCGCGUCCGAGGGCGACGGAAGGCUCGGCGCUCCGCUGCUUUUCCUUUCUUUCUAUUCUUUUUUUUUUUUCUUUCUGUCGUCUUCUUUGUUGUCUCCUCUUUCUCUUUUGCGAUUGACUCAAUCGAGACACUAUCGAUCUUUCUCACUCGUCGACUCUUCCUUUCUGUAAGAUACAGACACGCGCGUUUGUCUGAGCGCCUUGAUUCACGGUUAUUGUGCAGUCGACGCUAUUAGCUUUAUUAUUACGCAUCUCGGCGCCGCAACGUCGAUGUUACUCUAUUUUUAUUAUUAUUAAUAUUAUUAUUAUUAUUAUUAUUAAUUAUUAUAUUAUUAUUGUGUAUAAAAUUCGAAGGUCCCUAUCGUGUAAUAUUGUACCCUCCCUGUUGAUUAUUUUUGACGUUAUUUUGGAAACACCCUGUAGAUAACUGCUGUUGUACACCUGAUAAAAAACGUGAAUCGCUAGACACACAUAUGACAUGCAACGUCACACGCGCUCGCGUAUACACAGACACACACAGACAUUUGGAACACUGCUGUACUAAUAUUAUCAUUAAAGUAUAAAUAUAAAUAGGAAACGUGUAAUUUUUUUUGUAUCUGUAAGGCGGCGAGAUUGAUGUAAAUACACACGCAAGAAAAAAAGACACACAGAAACACUCUCUGUCCUCUCUCUUUGCUGAAAUGCGCGCGAGCCGAUUUGCGCUGGACUUACUCAUUAAACGACACACCGGAAAUAAAAUAUGUGUAUCGUGACACAACACACAAUACACCGAGUAAGACAGAUCGAGAAAGAGAUGCGCCGCCGCGACGCAUAACGAUUAUAAAUAUUAUUAUAAUAAACCACCUCGUAUU